GGAUAUGAAGGGCGGGGAGGAAUCAAGCAUGAGCAGUAAUAGUAAUACUAACAACAAUGGCAAAAGCGAAGUGAAGAAGAUGACGAAACCCCCUUUCAGGCCGGCCAAAGAUGACCCAAAGCCACUUCUUCAAGACCCAAUACUGAGAUCAGACCCAAUUGAGACUGAGGAAGCUCUCCUCCGCUUGCCUCCUUUUCCUAUUUCUAAACCCAAAUCUCAAACCCAGUGAUUUUUUUAUUUCUUUGUAUCUUUUUAUUAAUUUUGUAUCUGAUAUGACCCAAUUUAUUUGGGCAAAAAUUGUGUUUCUGUGUAAUUUGAGUGUUCUGCAAAACCUUUUAUAAAC